AUGAUAAGCAGUACUCAUUUUCUUCGUCGCGACUUCUCCAAAACCCUCGCCUCCACAGCCCCGUUCGUCUUCACCACUCCAAAUCCCCAUCUUCCGCCGCCGCUCGUGGUCUCCACAGCCAUCGUCAUCGCCCCCAUUGUCGUUGAUACAGAGCUCUCGCUGCCGCCGUCGCUCAUCGACUCCUCCAUCGCCGGCGGUCUCAAUCGCUCUCCCCUCGCCACCAGUCUCCAGCCCAGCGCCGCCGCACCGGUGUCCAGUCCAGCCGUCGUCCCCAUCGUCUCCGAUCCCCUCCGCCACAAGUCUCGCUGCUGUCGUCCCCGCCGUUAUAGUAUGGAGAUUUUACAUCCUCAACCCACUGAUACUCUAUCUGAGAAAGCUAUAACAGGAAAAAUAAGAAUGAUCACUAAUAUUAAUUAUUUAUAG